AUGAAAAAUAAUUCGUAUGAGAAUAAUUAUCAUUAUAAAUCUAAUUUUAACUCUUUCUUAUUAAAAGGAAGAAAAUUAAAUAUUAAAAACACCUCUACAAAUGGAUAUAAAAGUAUAACAAAAAAUGGGUUAUUAUAUAAAACCCCCUUAAAUGAAAGGAAAAUUUAUUUAGAUGAAGAUAAUAAAUUUAAAUCAAAAAAAAAAAAUGUUCCUUCUCAUAUUUAUAGAGAAUAUAAUUAUUAUAAUAAAGAAAAUGUAAAUAAUUUUAAUUAUUUAAAACCAAAUUAUUUUAAUAAAGUAUACGAGAAAUAUCAAAAUACAAAAAUAACCACAAAUAAUGAUAACGGGAACAUUAAUUAUGACUAUAUGUUUAAAAAAAAGAAAGGUUCUGAAAGAAAUACAAAGCACAACGAUUUAAUUGGUGAUUUAUAUUACAAAACUUCAUUUUAUUUAAAAAAAAAUAGAAAGUACAUGCAAAGAAUACUAAAAAAGAAUUAUGUUGUAAAAAUUUAUUUAGUUAGACAUAUAGAAGCACUGCAUAAUAGAGAAGUUCUUGAAAAUUCUAAAAUAUCGAAAGAUUUGAUUUAUAGAAAUAUAAAAUUUCUAGAUUGUAAAACAAGUGAAGAAGGGUUGAAAAAAUGCUCAGAUUUGAAGAAUGACGAAAAUAAACUUUAUAAAAAGAUUAUGCUAUUAUAUAAUGAUUCAAUUCAAAAAAAUAAUUUAAAUUAUAGCAAAAAAGAUAAAGGUGUUUUUGAAAAAAAUCAAAACUUUAUCAUAAUUAGCUCACCUCUUAGAAGAUGCUUAGAAACAAUGAAAUAUUUUUUUAACUUUAAAAAAAAUAUUGUUAUACAUGAAGCUGUUCGUGAAACUUCAGGUAAUUAUUUUUGUGAUGAAAGAUCUAAAACAUCAGAUGUAAAAAAAUUUUGCGAUAAAAAUUUUGAUGAUUAUGAAAUAUUAUGUUAUGGAGAAAAUGAUACUAUGACAGGAAGUAAACUUAGAGAGUCAUCAGAACAAGUAUACUGUAGAUGCUUACAGUUUUUAAAGUUUAUUCAUUCACUAGCUAUUAAUUAUUUUUCUAGUAUUGAAAAACAGUAUGAAGAAAAGGAUAGGAAUGAUAAAAAUGCAAAUAACAAUACUAAUAAUUCACACAAUGAAAUUUUUGUCAAUGGAGCAAAUGCAAACAGUCAAAUAAGCAAAAUAUCUAAUGAUCAGAAUGAAUAUGAAUUAAAUAAUGAUUUAGAAAAAUAUAAAAAAAAAAAAAGUUCAUCACUGGAAGAGAGUACAUAUCUAAAAAGAGAUAAUGAUGAAGAAAUUAAAUUAUUAGAAAACAAAAACAAAGAACAUAAUAAAAAGAAAGACAAAAAAAAUGUGUACAAUAUUGUUUUAGUUUCACAUAGUUCUUUUAUUAUUCAUUUUUUAGCUUUAUUGGAUUAUUUAGAGUUGGAUUCGAGAGGAUUAAAAAACUGUGAUAUUAGAAAAAUAGCAAUACCAUUAACAAAUUCCUUUUUAUUUUAUAACAACGUUACAAAUUUACAGUUAGCUAAGCCGAUUCCUAUAAGUAGUAUACCCUUAAGUUUUAAAAAUAAAAAUAAAAUUUUGAAAAAAGCUUAUAAAGAUAAAUAUAUAUACACAAUAAAUAACUGCAGCGAUCUUGAUGAACUCAUUUGUUUACAUGGUUGUACUGUUGUUAUAUAUCAUUAUGAUUUAGUCGUAAACAGUGAAAAAUACAAAAAACAUUUAGAAAAAAUACAAAAUUUUAUUGAUCAUAAUAAUGAAUGUGAGAAAAAUGUUACUUAUUCCAAUGGUAUUUAUAAAAAUUUUGUUUUAAAGAAUAAAAAAAUGGGAAGAAAAACUUUAAUAUCAGAUGCAAGUAAAUACCUUGUAUAUUCAGAAGAAAAAGGAGUUUGGGAAAUUUGCAAAAAAGGGUAUUUCGUAGGUCAAAAUGUAAUUAUAAUUGUUUUACCAGAUGUGGAGGGAAAAACAACAAAAAGUAACCAAAACAAAAACAAAGAGGAAUUUAAAAAUAAAAAAAAUGAUAAAUCGUAUUAUUUAGAAAAUGUAAAACAAGUUAUAGAUAAUUAUGAUAACGUUGGGGAUUUAAUUAAAUCGAAAAAUUUUUGGCAAACUAUGAAAGAAAAUAUUAAAAAUUUGGACCUCUAUUCAUUUCAAGAAUAUCUAAUAGAAAAAUAUAAUAAAAUUAUAAAAAAUGAAAUGGAUGUUUGUUAUAUUGACUUAGUAGGAUGCAUUAAAAAUAAAAACUUUAUGGAUAAAUAUGAAAAUAAAUGUGAUGGAUAUUUAAAGAGAUUAAAAGAAAAAUAUGAUAAAAAUUCUUAUAUUGAUUUUGAACAAGAAUGUAAAUAUAUUAAUGAUAAUUUAAUUGAUAAAAUAUUCUCAGAAUAUGUGAAUGACAAUGAUAGUAAUAAUAAGAAUUCUAGUGAAAAUGAUAUACAAAAUUUAAUUAAAAGAAAAUUUAUAUAUAUCCCAAAGAAGUCCCAUAGCAAAAAAAAUUUACAAAUUCAUCAAACUAAUAUUAACGAUGUAAAUAAUAAAAGUUUUCUCCAAGAAAAUAUAAAAUUUUUGAAAUCCUUGCCUCAAUCAAUUCAAAAUUUGAAUGUAGAAAUGUUUUAUCGUGAUCACUAUUUUUAUUUUCAUUGUUUACACAAAUUUAUAAAAAGUAAAAAUAAAAUAGAAGGUCUUGUUAUAUCCAAAUUAUUGUCAUUUCUCGAUUUAUUAAAAACAUAUAAUACGAAUGUAUCAAAUAAAAAUUUUCAGAAAUUAAUUAAAUUAGAAGAGCUACUUGAUAAUAAUACAAAAGAAGAAGGAGAAAAAAUUAAUACAUAUUUAUGCGAAAAAAAACCAAUCAUAAAUAAUAAUAGUUCUUAUUGUGCAGAAGGAUUACGAAAAUAUAAAGUCAUCCAUUCUUUGCCUGGUAAAAAAAAAAGUGUAGUUGACGACUUAAAUUAUUUAAGAUAUAAUUUAUUAACAGUAUCAGGAGGAGUAGAAAAUGUGUAUAUAUUAAAUAUUCUUAAAUAA